CCCAGGUGACGUCAUAGCAAAGAAGAGCUAGGGAGCGGUUGCUGAGCAGAGGGGCUCUAUAGCAGGCAAGCAGCUGUGGCCUCAAACAGUCUACCGUCGUAGAUUGGGGGCUGCAGCCUUUCCUCUCUGGGAAUAAGAGCACCAGGCGAGAGAAGAGCCUUGGGGGGAGCGGACUGGGUGCGGGGCUGCAGCUGCAGCCACUGGGCUGCAGCUCUCCAGCCCAACUGCUGGCGUGCUCCGAGGUACUGGAAAGGUCUUGGCAGGGUGGCUGGACCCUUCGCAGACACAAAUCCAGGCCAACUGUACGGCUGUCUGAGGUAUUGGAACAGAAGGAGGUCCACUCCAGUUGGUGACAGCACGGUGGCCCUGUUCUAGGAUGAGCCAGAUAUAAAAGCAGGCUCCCCCAAGAAAGAACAACUGGGUCCUUGCAUCUUGUGGCAGUUGGUGUGCACAGCACUGAGUCAGUCUGAGCUGAAGCCAGCCCAGCCUCCUCUCAUGGGCAGCACCCCUCUGUGCUGAGAUCCUGAAGUGGUGGCUGUGUGAGGAGCUGUGAAAUCAGCUGCAACUGAAAAUGUCUGACAGCUUGGAUAACGAAGAAAAACCCCCAGCUCCCCCACUGAGGAUGAACAGUAACAACCGAGAUUCUUCAGCACUCAACCACAGCUCCAAACCACUCCCCAUGGCCCCUGAAGAGAAGAAUAAGAAAGCCAGGCUGCGCUCUAUCUUCCCAGGAGGAGGGGAUAAAACAAAUAAGAAGAAAGAGAAAGAACGCCCAGAGAUCUCUCUUCCUUCAGACUUUGAGCAUACGAUUCAUGUGGGGUUUGAUGCAGUCACCGGGGAAUUCACUAACUCCCCUUUCCAGACCUCUAGACCUGUGACGGUCGCUUCAAGUCAAUCAGAGGGAAAAAUGCCAGAUCUCUAUGGCUCACAGAUGUGCCCAGGGAAGCUCCCAGAGGGAAUUCCUGAACAAUGGGCGCGGUUACUCCAAACCUCUAACAUAACAAAAUUAGAGCAGAAGAAGAACCCACAAGCUGUUCUUGAUGUCCUCAAAUUCUAUGACUCCAAAGAAACCGUCAACAACCAGAAAUACAUGAGCUUUACAUCAGGAGAUAAAAGUGCCCAUGGAUAUAUAGCAGCACAUCAGUCUAACACAAAAACAGCUUCUGAGCCUCCUUUGGCUCCUCCUGUAUCUGAAGAAGAGGAUGAAGAAGAGGAAGAGGAAGAAGAUGACAAUGAGCCCCCGCCUGUCAUUGCACCAAGACCAGAGCAUACAAAAUCAAUCUAUACUCGUUCUGUGGUUGAAUCUAUUGCUUCACCAGCAGUACCAAAUAAAGAAGCCACCCCACCUUCUGCUGAGAAUGCCAAUUCCAGUACAUUGUACAGGAAUACAGAUCGGCAAAGGAAAAAAUCAAAGAUGACAGAUGAAGAGAUCCUAGAGAAGCUAAGAAGCAUUGUGAGUGUUGGGGACCCAAAGAAAAAAUAUACAAGAUUUGAAAAAAUUGGUCAAGGGGCAUCAGGCACUGUUUACACAGCACUAGACAUUGCAACCGGACAAGAGGUGGCCAUAAAGCAAAUGAACCUUCAACAGCAACCCAAAAAGGAAUUAAUUAUUAAUGAAAUCCUUGUCAUGAGGGAAAAUAAGAACCCCAAUAUUGUUAAUUAUUUAGAUAGCUACUUAGUGGGUGAUGAACUGUGGGUAGUCAUGGAAUACUUGGCUGGUGGCUCUUUGACUGAUGUGGUCACAGAAACCUGUAUGGAUGAAGGACAGAUAGCAGCUGUCUGUAGAGAGUGCCUCCAAGCUUUGGAUUUCUUGCACUCAAACCAAGUGAUCCAUAGAGACAUAAAGAGUGACAAUAUUCUCCUUGGGAUGGAUGGUUCUGUUAAACUGACUGAUUUUGGGUUUUGUGCCCAAAUCACUCCUGAGCAAAGUAAACGAAGCACUAUGGUUGGAACCCCUUAUUGGAUGGCACCUGAGGUGGUAACUCGAAAAGCUUAUGGUCCAAAAGUUGAUAUCUGGUCUCUGGGAAUCAUGGCCAUUGAAAUGGUGGAAGGUGAACCCCCUUACCUUAAUGAAAAUCCACUCAGGGCCUUAUAUCUGAUAGCCACUAAUGGAACCCCAGAGCUCCAGAAUCCAGAGAGACUGUCAGCUGUAUUCCGUGACUUCUUAAAUCGCUGUCUUGAGAUGGAUGUGGAUAGAAGAGGAUCUGCCAAGGAGCUUUUGCAGCAUCCGUUUUUAAAAUUAGCCAAGCCUCUCUCCAGCCUCACUCCUCUGAUUAUCGCUGCAAAGGAAGCAAUUAAGAACAGUAGCCGUUAGAAGUGCAAGCCUUACCCCUCACCUUCUCCCUGAUGAGUAAGACUGAAAUAAAAACUCUGCUGCAGGAAAUGUGGAAGAAAAGACAGUCAAUUGGGGUGGGGGUUCUUUAACUUUCAAGUGAAUAGAAACUUCUUAUAAGCCUUUUUCCUACUUCCCUCAGAUUAUGUAAUUUAUUUGUAAGCCUGAACCGCAGCCCACACAGGGCAGCAAUGUAGAAGUGGCCGUUAAGUGGUCACUUCCACCGUGAAGCGAAAGAGCCAGUAGUGAAUCCCCUCAUUUUGUGCAUUUACUUUGAAGAAAAGGAUUUCUCAAAGAUGCACACUCCCUCUUCAUAGUGUUGUGUUUGUUUUUAAGUUAGAGAGUAGUCCCUCUUGCAUUCAAACCUCUUUCAAAUCCCCUUACCCAAUGUGAUGUUUUUUCACUUGCAUUGUCAUUAGAUGUCCAGAAAAAAAAAAUAAAAGAUGUAAAAUGUUUUUUAAAAA